GCGUCUGGGGUUACCGCGCUGAGCCAGAGAUCCGUAGAUCCAGUGGCAUCUCCAUCAGCACCGAAUACUACCUCCGUCUUGUGUAGCAAGAUAGAUUGGGGACCUCACAGAAAGUGCCUCAAAUUCCGUGGACAGUUCCAAGCUUCAAGAUGAAGACCUUGAGAGACCUUUCUGAUACACCCUCACGCAAUUUGACGGCCCGAAUUGAACCUGGUCGUGAAGCAGCGGGCAUGAAAUGUCCUGAAACCCGUGCUUCCUCAUCAUCCGAGGUUUACAGAACCCAAGCCCGUCAUCUUGCUGGCCAGUAAUGGCUGGUAAAGUAUCAUUUUCAAGUUCAAGAUGGCCUAUAAAGGUUCGGAGCGCCGCUCCGAGACAAUGACGGUAUGUCCUGCCCACUGGCAAUCGGAUAAUAUUGGCCAUCGGUUCCUGAUUCUCGACGCUUUAACUUUUACCGUUCACCAAAAUGAGGCCCGAAAGACAACUAAGCGUUGUCCUCGGACUGCUACUCUCAGCGGCGGUCCAAGUGGGAGCUCUUACGUCUUCAGAAUGGCGCAAGCAGUCCAUAUAUCAGGUCGUGACGGAUCGUUUUGCUCGAAGCGAUCUGUCAACCAGUGCGCCAUGUGACACAUCCCAGCAGGUAUACUGCGGCGGGUCAUGGCAGGGACUGAUCUCGAAGCUGGACUAUAUUCAGGGAAUGGGAUUCACUGCUGUCUGGAUAUCCCCAAUCGUGAAGCAGAUUGACGGAGUUACCAAAGAUGGGUCUUCUUAUCAUGGGUACUGGGCGUCAGAUAUUUGGUCCUUGAAUCCUUCAUUUGGCACCGCAGACAACCUCAAGGGGCUCUCCAAAGCGCUUCAUGACCGCGGCAUGUACCUCAUGGUGGAUGUUGUCACCAACCACAUGGCGUAUUUGGGCUGCCGUUCGUGCAUCAACUACCAAGGUCUCAAUCCCUUCUCUUCCCAAUCUUACUAUCACUCUCCGUGCACCAUCAACUACGAUAACCAAACCUCCAUCGAAACAUGCUGGCAAGGAAGUGAUGUUGUCAGUUUACCGGACCUCAAAACCGAAACCGACGACGUCCGUAAGAUAUGGCACGACUGGGUGUCCAAGAUCGUGUCAACGUACAGUAUCGAUGGCCUUCGUAUCGAUAGUGUUAAGCACGUUGAAAAGUCCUUCUGGCCAGGAUUCGAGUCCGCUGCCGGCGUGUUCGCCAUUGGAGAGGUGUUCCAAGGAGACCCGGCGUAUCUGGCACCGUACCAGAGCUACAUCAGCGGCGUCUUGGAUUAUGCAAGCUAUUAUUGGAUAGUAAAUGCGUUCCAGUCAACAAGCGGCAACAUCACUGCGCUGGCUAACGGUAUGAACAUACUUAAAGCUGCUGCGAUUGACCUCAGUCUCUACGGGUCGUUCCUCGAAAACCAUGACCAGGCUCGCUUUGCGCACAAAACUAGUGAUAUGGUCUUAGCAAAGAACGCAAUUGCCUUUACGAUGCUCAAGGACGGCAUCCCGAUCAUUUAUCAGGGACAGGAACAGCAUUAUGCGGGCAGUGAUACUCCCUACAACCGAGAGGCCCUCUGGCUUUCCGGCUUUUCAACUAACUCAGAGUUGUACACGUGGAUUAAACGGCUGAAUCAGCUUCGUACCCAUGCUAUCAAAAAAGACGACGGCUACCUGACAUACCGUGCAUGGCCCAUCUACUCCGAUAGCCACACUAUUGCCAUGCGCAAAGGUUCAUCCAACAAACAAGUUGUGGGCGUCUUCACCAAUGUCGGAGCGUCGUCCUCCACCGCCGUCACUCUGUCUUCGUUGGCGUCAGGAUUCAGUGCAGAUGAACCUGUCACCGACGUCGUGAGUUGCGAUAGCUUCAUCACCGACUCUGGAGGCAGCAUAACCAUCACACUUUUUGGGGGGCUCCCAAGGAUCUUAUACUCCACAACGCUUCUCAACGGCAGCGAUAUUUGUUCCUCACGGUCAGCUCCCACUUCGACCACCAGCACAAAUUCCGGAGUUCCUACAUCGAUUUCGUCGGCGGCAUCGACAUCUUGCACUGCCACUGCAGUACCCAUCACCUUCGAAGCGCUGGUUAGCACGUCCUAUGGUGAGACAGUUAAGCUAUUGGGCAACACGACUACCCUCGGUAGCUGGAACACCGCCAACGCUGUGACGCUAAGCGCGUCAAAGUACACCAGCAGCAACCCGCUGUGGUACGUAUCCUUCGACCUUGCGCCGGGAAAUGUCAUACUAUACAAAUUUAUCAAGGUAAACAGUUCAGGGACUGUUUCUUGGGAGAGUGAUCCCAAUCACAAAUAUACGGUGCCUUGCGCAGCCGCCACGGUAUCUUCAACUUGGAGGAAAUGACAUAAUAAUUUUGGUGAGGCCGGCGGAGUGAGAUUGAUAACUGUCAUUCGCGGUAGGUAUCAAACAGUUUAGUAAAAAUGGGAAAGGGGGGCAUGGGCAGCUGAGGAAGUCUCAGUAU